UCCGCCUCGCCUCGCCAUGGUGGAGCAGGGAGACGCUGCGCCGCUGCUGCGCUGGGCCGAGGGCCCCGCCGUCUCCCUGCCGCAGGCCCCGGAGCCGCAGGCGGGAGGCUGGGGCCGGGGCCGGGGCGGCGGCGGGGGCGCCCGGCCGGCCGCGGAGCCGCCCCGGAGGCGGGAGCCCGAGGAGCCGGCCGCCCCGGAGGUGCUGCUGCAGCCCGGGCGCCUGGAGCUGGGCGACGUGGAGGAGGACCAGGUGGUGGCCGUGUUCGUGGUCACCUUCGACCCCCGCUCGGGAAACAUGGUAGAAUGGUGCUUACCUCAAGAUAUUGACCUCGAAGGUGUUGAGUUCAAGUCUAUGGCCAGUGGGUCCCAUAAAAUCCAAUCUGAUUUCAUCUAUUUCCGAAAGGGGCCCUUCUUCGGCCUGGCCUGCUUUGCCAACAUGCCCGUGGAGAGUGAGCUGGAACGUGGCGCGCGGAUGAAGUCUGUGGGCAUCCUCUCUCCCUCCUACACACUGCUUUACCGCUACAUGCACUUCUUGGAGAACCAGGUUCGGCACCAGCUGGAGAUGCCAGGACAUUACUCUCAUCUGGCUGCCUUCUAUGAGGACAAAAAGGGGGUGCUCCAUGCUGGUCCUGGCAGAGGCAGCAGCCUGCCCCCUGUCUACUGGCUGCCUUCCAUCCACCGAUACAUGUACCCUGAGAUGAAGAUCACACACCCAGCUGGCUGCAUGUCUCAGUUUAUAAAGUUCUUUGGAGAACAGAUCCUCAUCCUCUGGAAAUUUGCCUUACUUCGAAAGCGCAUUUUGAUAUUUUCUCCCCCACCUGUGGGCGUGGUGUGCUAUAGAGUGUACUGCUGCUGCUGCUUGGCCAACGUUUCACUGCCUGGUAUCGGGGGCACCAUUCCUGAGUCCAAGCCUUUCUUCUACGUGAACGUGGCUGACAUCGAGAGCCUGGAGGUAGAGGUGUCCUAUGUGGCCUGCACCACAGAGAAGAUAUUCGAGGAGAAGCGGGAGCUGUAUGACGUCUACGUGGAUAACCAGAAUGUGAAGACACACCACGACCACCUGCAGCCGCUGCUGAAGAUCAACAGUGCUGACAGGGAGAAGUACCGCCGGCUCAACGAGCAGAGGCAGAUGCUGUUGUAUUCCCAGGAAGUAGAAGAAGACUACAACCCUUGUGAAGAGGACCUCUUUGUGCUGUUUUUCCUAGAACAAAACAACCGGAUAUUUCAGACUUUGUUGGAGGUGUCUGCCAGUCAAGACAAAACUCUGACAGCAGAGCAUGCCCGGGGCAUGGGCCUAGACCCCCAAGGCGACCGGAGCUUUCUCCUGGACCUGCUGGAGGCCUAUGGCAUUGAUGUCAUGCUGGUCAUCGACAACCCCUGUUGCCCGUAGGAGGAGCCAACAGGACUGGGAGCCGCUUGAUGUGGGAUGUCAGCAGCCUGGAGUUCACCCCAGGCCCCCAGAGGGCCUCAUUUUUUAUUAAGUUGACACAAAGGAAUAUUGUUUAUACUUUCCAACAAACAUAACUUUUGCAAUUUCCUUUCUGCCCUUUUCCCUAGAGAUAAGGUGAGAUCGCCUUGGUUUUGUGUCCUGCCGUGUUAGGAUAUUGGAAUCUGCCACUUUCUCCCAGAACUGCUGGUCCUUUGGGCUUGGUCAUAGGGGUUGUAUCACUAGGAGUAGGCUGAGCUCUGGAAACAUUGGGACGGACUGUUCAGAAAGUCUGUGUGGUCUUUGUCCCUUGAUGUAUUUGAGAAUAAGACAACCAUCUGUCCUCUGUGGCCUUAGAUGUUCAUCUGCCUAAAGGCAGAAACUAGACCAGAUGAUCUUUUAAGGUUUUUAGUAGUUCUAGGAGUCUAUGGUCUUGGGAUCAAAUCCCUUUUCUUGUUCAUUAGGGCAACUUUAUGUCUUCUCUGUUUACUUGAGUAGGGACCACAAAGAGGGGAAAAAAGGAUGUUUUUGACACCAAAUAUGAGCUUAGCUUAUGGUCAGAAUGAAAGAGGUUGCUUAUCAGUGAGCUGAAAACUAAAAUUAUAGAAUGAAGCCUUGAAACCUUCCUCAAAGUAACUUCGUGGUGGCCAUGCAAUGUAAUGUUCCUCUUUCUCUGAACCCCUCCUCUUGGGAUGAAUUGGUGAAUUGCUAAGGGCCAAUGCUGGCCUUGGAGCUUGCAAGCAAAUUAAUUUUCCAAUUUAGUCUCUUAAGGGUUCAAUAUGCUCUUGGAGUAAGUUGGGUAUUUUUAAAGGCUGAAGUUUGGGCUACCGGAGGAUAGAGCAGUUGAAGUUCGAGCAGGAUGGAGAAGCCACUCUAAGUCUCUUCAUCUGGACAUGAGUUCUCUGGAGGCAUUAGCAGCAGCACCUCUGGGUCAACACAGAUUUACUGGAUUCCAAAAUCUAGCAAGGAUCUGAGCUGGUUAACUCAGAGGGUGGGGCAUGAUGCUAACAAGACUGUUUAUCAUUUUGGACCCCUCACAAACACACUUCUCUUUAGCAGAGGUGACAUUCCUUAGCCUAAAUAAUUGGAUCCAGGGACAUAACAGAUUUGUUGAGAGAAAAUGUGGCAGUGCCUUCACCCAGGACAGUGGUCAGGAAGCCCUGAGCAUCCCCGAUGGAUUUAUCCAUCCUCUUCUGAAGUGCUCUGCUCUAGGUUGGGUCCUGUUGCCACCUGCCUGAUCUCUGGUUGGCUUUUGCAGGAGGGCAGCUUACGUGUUUGUUAACCAGUUAGAAAGCCAGUUCCUGUGGGUCGAGUUUAGGCCUUUUUGGCCAUAGUUGAGAAUUUUCACUUGGGAUACUGAGUUGCUGGUGACAAAUAAUGUCUUCCUUUUCCCCCUUCCCACCUGGCUGGGCUAUAGGAAUAGCCGUCAGUGCAUCCAUGUCUGUGAGCAAGACCCAGCCAGACUAACAUACACAGCAGAGAGAAAUAACAUUCAAAUGGUGGGUCACACAUCUCAUCUCAAGGUUCUUAGGGUUCACUGCUUUAUUCAAAAGUGUUUUCACUGUAGCUCUUCCAUAUGGAAUAUCAAAACUGAAGAAAUUCACAUGUGGAAAUGCAAAUAGACAUUGAUUAAUCAAGGUAGCAUGUUUAUGUAAAUAUAUAAAUAAGUUUGGGCAUUGAAAUGUCAACUGUACAGCUAAUAGACUUUUCUCCUCUGCAGUGUGGGUUGCUGUCAUUUCAGUAAUGUGUGUGUUUACAAAAGAAAAAAAAAUCUGUGUUUCGAGGUUGAAGCCUCACCUUUUUUUCUCCUUUACAUGCAGCCCUCUCCUCUUGCCCCUCAAGGGUUGAGGGGUCCUUUCUAACUUAGGCCAAGUAAUGGUUACUUUUCGUGGUAUCCUGAGGUUGAGGGUGUUUUAAGCUGGGGGUAGGUGGUUAGAGGCAGGAGUAGAAGUGAAAGGAAAGGUCUGAUUCUCCUAGAGGACACAAGACGACCUCCUUUUUCUGGAAUUAGGGAAUCUGCCGGAAGGAGCUGUUUUAGGCAUUUCUGCUCCGAGCCUUCUGUAUGCAAACACUGCAGUUUUAACUGCAAGCUCAGUAGUGCUGGUGUAAAUGUAGCAGGGUGAGAAUGAAGUUCCUGUUUUUUUCCUUUGAAUGGUGAGUCAGGGCUUCUGCGUUCCCUUAACUUUGUGCUUGUCUCAGUAGCUUUCCGUCUCACAUCUCCACGUGUCCACCCUCCUGCUCAUGCAGAGGGCCAGGGUACGGGUGGCCCCAGAGGAGAAUGUGCCAGUGAGGCAGUGCCAUGUUUCAGGUCACAGGGGCCUUGGGCUCAGCUGACCCCAAUGCAGAACAUCUCCCUUUAAGAGAGAUUCCAAUAAAUUGGUCCUUCCCUACCUUGCCAGCUUCUUCACGGGACCAGAAAUCUUGUGCAGAGCCUCUGCUUGGCUGAACAGCGUGUGCGUUAUCUCUUCGGUUACCUUUGCCACUGUUAAGCAUCCUCAGAGUAUGUCUUGCCUGGGCUAUGAAGUGGAGCCUGUGGCCUCGGAAAUCACCUUUUGAAGCCUUGCUCUGUGCCAGAUUCUGCUCCCCAACAUGAGAAAUUAACAGGCACAACCCAGGAUCCUUUGCUACCAGUUCUCUAUUAGGGAAUCCCACGGUGGCAGCAGAAGCUAGGAGCCAUGUGGACCUGCUUUUCUGCCAGUCUUGAAAUAUUUUCUGAGAAACCAUCUGCUUUUGUUCAGAAGAAAGUGCUGAACAUCGUUCACAGAGUCCUAGGUCUGUAAGCUUUUUAGGGGCGGGGAUUAUGAUUACCUUUGGCCUCCUGGAGGAGGGUUGGAAACCUGUGGUGUGAUACCUUCUGCCACCAUCUCCUGCCAGGCCUCAGCCCUCGGCUGCCUGAGCAGGCCUAGUUCUCCAUUGAAGCUGUCAGCCUGAUCUCAUGCCACACUGAAAUGAACUGUGUGCCAGUUUGGAAAUAAUUGCUGACCUGAGAUGCUGGCUGGGCUGCCCUCUUGUUCCUGAAUAAGUCAGAAGAAAUUCCAGGUGGGAGUAGAAUUCAGGUUUGGGGCUCGUUGGUAUCCAUGUAAAAUAUGACAAAGGCCUGUUCAAGAGGGUGUUUUCAAUUUUGUAGGCUCAGCAGAUGAUACUACCCAGCCUUUGGGAAAAUGUCCAGUUGGCCCCUGGCUUAGGACUCUCCACAAGGAGUUUGAAAUGUAGGGCUUAUCCCCUACCAGACUAAAAGUAUGGCCCAAAUUAUGUGUUUAGAAUUUGCUUGGCCUUUAAACAUGAAACAUUCCCUAUGCCUUGUAGAGACCAUUCCAGUGUCAGUGUCCCACCUGGGACCUGUACAGUCCUCAGUAAAUUAUGAUUGCAAUGAAUUAGAAGGCUUUUGCCUUCCAUAUCCAUUAUCCAUUAUAGCAUCUGUGCUUCCAUCUGGUUAGGGGGAGGGAAGCUGAAAUCAUUGAUGUAUCAAUAGAAGUAAUUUAGCAUAGGAACUUGCAUCUAUAACUUGUUUUAUUCCACUUUAAAGUCAAGACAAGAAAGUUAAGAUAGCACACAGGUGCACAUGCUUCCAGAUGCCACAUGUGAACAUUUGUUGAUCCUGUGACUACCGAUGAUACUUUAGCUACAAGAUAAAUUAAAUCUUAGCUAAAUCAUUGUUUUUCGUUCUGGUGGCUAUGAGGAUGAAUUUGCUCUCAGUCUUGAUGCACUGAAAGCCCUUCAAAUGCAAUAAAAGAUGAAAUCACUCACCUUUAAACUGAGGCCUUCAGGGAAGCUUUUGUAAAGGACAGUAAUGAAUUAGGCUUUCAGUUUUAGGACAUCAACCCUCCGAGAAGAGGCAGAGACCCGAGGGACCAUUUAUUUCCCUUUGCAACUGCAUAGCCCAGGGAAUGGAUUAAGAUGCUUUCUCCAGUCCCUGUAUAGGCCAUCCUUGCAGAGGUAAAGGAGGAGGGGCAGGUGGAUGAAUAGGAUCAUGCUCAGCUUGGCAGUGAACUUGCCUUAGUGUGAUGACAGGUCUAACAUGGGCAAGACAAUUAGAAUGGGGACCAACAUGCCAGGCAUGGGCUUUUAUCUCCCUAAUAGAUCCCAAGCUAGUAGGCUUGGAUUCUGCCAAAUGGCCAGCCCUCCUGUCUUCUCCCCGAACCUUGUAGUUAGACCGAGGUGAGAAUCCUGCUGACCCCAGUCCCGUGCCCUCUCAUUUCAGGAAAACCCUUUUGUGAUUCAGGUAGCGGGAGAGGAGGAGUUAAGGGCUCCGUUUACUCCCAAGUCAUGGAUUUUUAAUAUUCCAUUUUUAUUACUAAUAUACCUCUCUUCCUAGAAGUUACUGGAGUAUUGAGUGUUGUGGGAAAAGGCUAACUGUGAAUUAAGUUAAUGUUUUUCUUAUAAGAAAUGGAAGUUUAUUUUUUUAUUGAUAUUAUUAUGUGAUGAACUGAGUAUGCAUAUACUGAAAUGGAAGGAAAUUUUAAAACUAUUAUUCUAGAAGAAAUGGGCAGUUUUGUAAUUUGGUGGUGGCUGAGACCCCAUAGAAGUUUUACUAUGUAAAUAAUUUGGAGAGUGAAUAAGGAGAUUGUGCUAUGAAAUCCUGACAGCGCUCUUUAGGAGGCAGACUUGACAGUCCUAGGAAGGUUGACAUAAAAAUACCAACCUUCAGUAAAGCUCUAGUACAAAAAAGGGUAAAUGUCAUCAUUCUUAUUUUUAGGCCUCUUUCUUGAGAGAGGUGGGAGUGGGAGGUAGUGUUAUAACUGGCACUUUAAUUUGUUUUUGGAACUAGAAGUUAGGGGCAGUUGGAUGAAAUUGCAAAUUUAGAAGGGGAAUAAGAAUUUUCUAGUGCUAUAUAAAGAAAUGAUGAUGGAGACAAAAGCCUUGCUUUCCUCUUUUUAGAAUUUAUUUUUGAUUUUUAGCAUACUGUGGGGCUUUUAGAGCUAAUAUGAUCUAAAUUCAGAAAAUUUAAUUUUCAUAGUAGGCCAGGUGUGAAUUACUUACGUUUGCUAUAGAAUGCUUAUUUAGACUAAUAAAUUUACUUUGCUUUCUAAGGCCAGUCAGCGAAUGUGGGGAUGAGGCAGGAUGUUUUAAGUGAGCCAGAGAUGAUCCACAAAGUGAACAGUCCACACAGAGGUCAUUGAGUUGGAUGGUUGCAAAUAUAUUGACAUUAGAGUGAAAACUCCUUCCUUUGGGUAAACUAAAGAAAGAUAAAGUAUACUAAAAAAUUUUAAGAUGGUGUUAUACAAAAAAAAGUUUGGGUCUAACGUGUCCACAAAGACUGUCAAGUGAAGAAUGGUGGAGAUUCUUGGUGUUUGAGCAGCCAACCUGGAUGAGUGACUUCAGGGACAGAGCAGAGGAAAGCAAAAUGAAUUUGCUUUAUUUACCCAAAGCUUGUUGACUGAAUUUUUGUAUAGGUCUGUGAAAAUAAGCCUAAACAAAUAGUUGUAGCCUUAGAAAAACUGUUUUCCCAUUUCUUUCUGAGUUAGAAUCAGCAUAGCCUCCCUGUCGCCUUAAAUGUAAAAAUCCUAUUUUGAUUAAUAACCCAGCCUAAGAGUUAUAGCAAUACAAGAGACUGAAUCUAUUUUUGUUGUGGGUCUUUACCUCAUAUUAUGAAAUUAGUAAGACACUUCAUAAAUUUUGCCCUGAAUACUGGUGUGCCCAGGUAUGCCGUGCUCUCUCUCUGUUUCCAGUGGUGGUAAUUUUAAGGCCUAAAGAAAGCUGGGGUUAAUCCUAAAGCUAAGAGUAAAUGUUUCUUGAAUUGAUUUUGUUCUGUGGUACAAAUAACAUCUAUGAAUAUCAUAUCUGUAUAUAUCUGAACCAAGUUGUGUGCAGAGACGUUGAUAUAACUAUAUUUACAGAAAAUGAUUUUUACAAUUAAAGUUCACAUUUUAACA